UCUCCUCCUCGGAAGUAGACGUGUUGUCUAUAUUCCGUUCGUUUUAUUUUUAAUAUCAGUUUGGAAGGAUCCCCUUCUUUUUUCUUCCCCCAGAUAAAAACAACACGUAAAUCAAGAUGGACGAUUAAAAAGAUCAUAAGCAGAUUUGCCUUUUAAUUUCACUUCAGUUUAAUGGACCGGAUGAUCGCCAAGUCAAACUGUGACCCUCACAGCUUUGCAGGGGAGGUAGCUGUAUCCAGUGGGGAGGUAGGCACAUCCAGGGGUUGUGAUGAAAUUUGCAGAACCCUUGGAGAGCCAGAGGUUGUCUUUUCUUCUGGAAAAGGCAGCCUCUAGGGAAGCUAAGAUGUGGAAGGUCUACGUGCCAAAAAACCCAUCCACACAGGAUACAGACAUCUCUCCUGCUCAGCGUGAUGAGGCGGUCCGGUGGCUCUCCGAUAUGCACAGCAGCCUCAGGCUUUAUCCAGAGACCCUCUCCCUGGCCAUCAGCAUUUUGGACAGGUUUUUAGCCAUCGUGAAGGCCCGUCCAAAGUACUUGCGCUGCAUCGCCAUCACCUGCUUCUUCCUGGCCGCCAAGACCAGCGAGGAAGACGAGCGUGUCCCGGCCCUGCGAGAGCUCGCCAGGACCAGCAGCUGCGGCUGCUCUCCAUCGGAAAUCCUGCGGAUGGAGAGGAUCGUUCUGGAUAAGCUGAACUGGGACCUGCACACUGCAACACCGCUGGAGUUCCUUCAGAUCUUCCACGCGAUGGUGCUGUUGUGCAAGUCGCAGUUCCUGGCCGGCCUGCAGGGCGUGAACCCGUCCCAGCACAUGGCCCUGCUCACCCAGCAGCUGCACCACUGCCUGGCCCACAGCUCGCUGCUGCACAUCAAGGGCUCCAUGCUGGCCCUGGCCCUCAUCACGCUGGAGCUGGAGAAGUGCUGUCCUGACUGGCUGGCUCUCACCAUCAACCUGCUCAAGAAAGCGCAGAUUGAUAGCUCACAGCUCAUCAGCUGUCGAGAGCUGGUGGCACGUUGCCUGUCCACACACCAGGCUUCCCUGCCUCCCAACACUGUGUACAUCUACCAGCCCCUCUGCCACAGCCUGGCGUCGUGCGAGUGGGGAGGCGUGGCCCCGCAGGAGUACCCUGUCCAUCCACCAGGCCAGCCUGCUGGGGACAGGGCCAGCCCCCGGAGCCCCGCCCCCGCCCUGCUCGCCCACCCCUCGAGCCACGCCCACCGCCACCUGCUCCACCUGCACUGCAAGGCCAGCGCCAAGCGCAAGGUGGAGGAGAUGGAGGUGGACGAGUUCUACGACGGGAUCAAGCGCCUCUACAACGAAGACAGCGUUCAGGAGGGGGGGGAGGGGCAGGGCCAGGCAUGCAGCGUCUCGCUGGCCCGGCAGGAAGGCAGCAGCUCGCCCUGCCCCCCCCUGCAGCCCGUCCCCGUCACCUAGAAGAGAAAGGAAAAAGGCCUUCUGUUACCCUCUCGUCCCUGCCACAGGAUGAAAACCGAGCCGCAGUCCAGUGCGUUAUCUCCAGGAUGGAUUGAACCAAAAAUACAAAAAAUAAGCUGCUGAUUCAUAACCAUUUUUGAGCACAAAUAGAAAAUGUUAAAAAAAACGACAAAAAAAGCAUAUAAUCUAAAAUUUCCCCUAAAAAAAAAAGUAGAACUACUUUUUUCCCCUGUGAUUUUUUUUCCCAUUUACAGUUGUCUGGCUUAAGUGCUCAUUGCAUUUCUCGCCUCGUUUAUUUUCACCAUGAAAAUGUUCUAGAAGUUUCAUCGCUUGAAAUGAGAUUUUUCUUUCCUCUUGCCAAAGUCUCUCACUGCAUGUUGUGUUGGUGUUGUUUCAAGUUAAUCACAGGACAUGCUUGAAAGAGUAAAACUGAGAAUGUGUUUUGUCAAAGUGUAGAAUUUGUGUUUAACUGCCCAGUUAAAAACCGUAAGUGGUGUGGAAUAAAUUCUGAAAUGUCGGUAGAGUAGGCUAUAUCACCAUUUAGGUUUGAUUUAUUUCACAGCAUUCCCCUGCACUUCCAUAAGCUGUUUUAUCAUUAAUACAGACAAAAUAUUCCUAUCACAAUUAAAGAAAAAGCAUUAAAUGUCAUUUAUACAAAGAAACAAUAGUAUUUCAUCUGAUUAAACUUGGGCAGUCAUAGUGCAGAUUCAAUUUGUGAAUCUUUCUAAAAACAUAACUGCAGAACAAAAAAAUGAAUAUACCAAAAAAAAAGCUUAAUUCAUUCACAUUUAUUUUGCUGUUCAUUCAUUGCAAGCUCACUGUUAAUGCAAAAAGCUCUUUCUUAUGCCUGGGAUUGAUAACUGCAUCUGUACUGCUGGACACCCUGUGGCACCAAUAAAAAGAAAUCAUCUGAUUU